CGCCCAGCACAUGUCUCUGCCUGCGCGCGCGCGCGCAGGCGCCGAGGAGUGCGGCCGCGCGCUCGCAGGCCGGCUCUUCUGUACGCUGCCAUGCCCCGCAGGAAAUCCGCGUCGGGAGGCUCUACUGCCGCAGGCCCAGGCCCGGGGAGGCAAGCGGUUCUAAGCCGGUUCUUCAGGUCUGCGGGAAGCCUAAGAUCCAGCGCGUCCUCCACGGAACCAGCAGAGAAGGUGACAGAAGGUGACAGCAGGAAGAAGUCAUUGGAGAAUGGUGGGCCCACUAAGAAGAAAGCAAAGACAGUUCCAGAGAAGGAAGAAGAAAAUAGCUCAGUAGCAUCUCACAGCCCUGAGGCAAAGAAAUGUCUGAGGCCCAGGAUUGUUUUAAAGUCCCUGGAAAAGCUGAGAGAAUUCUGCUGUGAUUCUGCCCUCCCUCAAAACAGAGUCCAGACAGAAGAUCUUCGGGAGAGACUUGCAGUUCUGCCAAAGUGUACUGAUUUUGAAGAUAUCACUCUGCAACGUGCAAAGAAUGCGGCUUUGUGUGAAGAGUCCAAGUCUCAGGCUAAUCAGAAAGACAGUCAAUUUGGACCCUGCCCUGAAAGUUUCCCGAAGACUUCCGAUUGUAAACCUUCUAACAAGCGAUCCAAGAGCGUCUAUACACCGUUAGAACUGCAGUACAUAGACAUGAAGCAGCAGCACAAAGACGCAGUUUUGUGUGUGGAGUGUGGGUACAAGUACAGAUUCUUUGGGGAAGAUGCGGAAAUUGCUGCCCGGGAACUCAAUAUUUAUUGCCACUUAGACCACAACUUUAUGACUGCAAGCAUACCUACUCACAGACUGUUCGUGCAUGUCCGCCGACUUGUGGCCAAAGGAUACAAGGUGGGAGUUGUGAAGCAAACUGAAACUGCGGCAUUAAAGGCCAUCGGAGACAAUAAAGGUUCCGUCUUCUCCCGGAAAUUGACUGCUCUUUAUACGAAAUCUACACUUAUUGGAGAAGAUGUGAAUCCUCUCAUCAGGGUGGAUGAUUCUGUAAAUAUCGAUGAGGUAAUGACAGAUACAUCUACCAACUAUCUUCUGUGUAUCUACGAAGAAAAGGAAAGCAUUAAAGACAAAAAGAAGGGGAGCAUUUCUGUUGGUAUUGUGGGAGUGCAGCCUGCAACCGGCGAGGUUGUGUUUGACAGCUUCCAGGACUCUGCAUCCAGACUGGAGCUGGAGACUCGCAUAUCAAGCCUGCAGCCUGUGGAACUGCUACUUCCCUCUGACCUGUCUGAGCCAACAGAGAUGCUCAUCCAAAGAGCCACCGCUGUCAGUGUGCGGGAUGACAGAAUUCGAGUAGAAAGGAUGAAUAAUACUUACUUUGAAUACAGCCAUGCUUUCCAGACAGUUACGGAGUUUUAUGCUAGAGAAAUAGUUGACAGCCAGGGCUCUCAGAGUCUCUCUGGUGUCAUUAACUUGGAGAAGCCUGUGAUCUGUGCCUUGGCUGCCAUAAUAAGGUACCUCAAGGAAUUUAACCUGGAAAAGAUACUGUCCAAACCCGAGAAUUUUAAACAGCUGUCAAGUGGAAUGGAAUUCAUGAGAAUUAAUGGAACAACGCUAAGGAAUCUAGAAAUCCUUCAGAAUCAGACUAAUAUGAAGACCAAAGGAAGUUUGCUUUGGGUUUUAGACCACACUAAAACCUCAUUUGGGAGAAGGAAGUUAAAGAAAUGGGUUACCCAGCCAUUGCUUAAAUUAAGAGAUAUAAAUGCCCGACUUGAUGCAAUAUCUGAUAUUCUCCAUUCAGAAUCCAGUGUGUUUGAGCAGAUAGAAAACCUUCUUCGUAAAUUACCAGAUGUCGAGAGAGGACUAUGUAGCAUUUAUCACAAGAAGUGCUCUACCCAAGAGUUCUUCUUGAUCGUCAAAAGCCUGUGUCAACUGAAGUCGGAGCUUCAAGCAUUAACGCCUGCUGUUAACUGCCACGUGCAGUCAGACUUACUCCGAGCACUCAUCUUGGAGGUGCCUGAGCUCCUCAGUCCAGUGGAACAUUACUUAAAGGUUCUGAAUGAACAGGCUGCCAAAGCUGGUGAUAAAACUGAAUUAUUCAAAGACCUCUCUGACUUCCCUUUAAUAAAAAAGAGGAAAAAUGAAAUUCAAGAAGUCAUUCACAGCAUCCAAAUGCAUUUACAAGAAUUGCGAAAAAUAUUAAAACUUCCUUCUUUACAAUAUGUGACUGUAUCAGGACAAGAGUUUAUGAUUGAAAUAAAGAACUCAGCUGUAUCGUGCAUCCCAACUGAUUGGGUGAAGGUUGGAAGUACAAAAGCUGUGAGCCGCUUUCACCCUCCUUUCAUUGUGGAAAACUACAGACGUCUGAGUCAGCUCCGGGAGCAGCUAGUCCUUGACUGCAAUGCUGAAUGGCUUGGCUUUCUAGAGAAUUUUGCUGAACAUUACCACACUUUGUGUAAGGCCGUGGAUCACCUAGCAACUGUUGACUGCAUUUUCUCCCUGGCCAAGGUUGCUAAGCAAGGAAAUUACUGCAGGCCAACUGUACAAGAAGAAAAGAAAAUCAUCAUAAAAAAUGGAAGGCACCCUAUGAUUGAUGUGUUGCUGGGCGAACAAGAUCAGUUUGUGCCCAACAGUACGAGUUUAUCACAGGACUCUGAGAGAGUAAUGAUAAUCACUGGACCAAACAUGGGUGGGAAGAGCUCCUAUAUAAAACAGGUUGCACUGGUUACGAUCAUGGCUCAGAUUGGCUCCUAUGUUCCUGCAGAGGAAGCCACAAUUGGGAUUGUGGAUGGCAUUUUCACAAGGAUGGGUGCUGCAGACGAUAUAUACAAAGGCCGGAGUACGUUCAUGGAAGAACUGGCAGACACAGCAGAGAUAAUGAGGAAAGCCUCACCACAGUCCUUGGUUAUCCUGGACGAGCUGGGAAGAGGGACAAGCACCCAUGAUGGAAUCGCCAUUGCCUAUGCGACUCUAGAGUACUUUAUCAGAGAUGUGAAAUCCUUGACCCUGUUCGUUACUCACUAUCCACCAGUCUGUGAACUAGAAAAAUGUUACCCAGAGCAAGUGGGGAAUUACCACAUGGGAUUCUUGGUCAAUGAGGAUGAAAGUAAACAGGACUCAGGUGACAUGGAGCAGAUGCUGGAUUCUGUCACUUUUCUUUAUCAGAUAACCAGAGGAAUUGCAGCGAGGAGUUAUGGACUGAACGUGGCGAAGCUAGCAGACGUGCCCAGAGAAAUCUUACAGAAAGCUGCUCAUAAGUCUAAGGAGCUGGAAGGCUUAGUCAAUCUGAGAAGGAAAAGGCUUGAAUAUUUUACAGACUUAUGGAUGACACAUAAUGUAAAGGAUUUGCACACAUGUGCAGAUGAGCUGGAAAUGGAGGAAAUACAGACUUCUCUCCCACAUUAAAAUGAAAACUACAUUUUUGGAGCAAAAUAUGGAGAACUGUACAGAACAAUUCUGUGGCAACAUCCAUGCCUGUGGCGAGCACAGAGGAUGAGCGUGGUCUUCCUUUUGAGAUGGCUGCUUCUCUGUGAGGGAAGGACAAGCUUUGCAGGCUCUCGGCCUCCUGCCUUCAGAAGAAAAAGAUGAUGGAAUGUAAAGGCUUCACUGGGUAGUGAGGAAUGUUCCUAGGUAGUAAAUUUCAUACAAAAGUGGGUUCUUCUAAGUAAAACCUAAAACAGAGGCACUUGGUGCCUGCGUAGUCAGAGGACAGUAUUUAUUUCGGUUCAGACAAUUGCCAGCAGGGUAAUCUGACAGGAAUCUAUUUUUGUGAGAACUAAAGAAUUUUAUAAUGCCAGCGGUUUGGUCACCAAAGACAUAAACAUUUUUAUGAGAAGUAGAAUCAUGAAACCAGAGCACAGGAAGAAAAAGGCCAUAUAAAAUUUGAAGAGCUAAAUGUUGUCAUCAUUUUAAACAGCUUAAAGGUUGUUAUAUAAAAUUAUUUUGUCAUUCACCUAAAUAAAAAUAUGGAAUGAAUACUUGCUCAAAA